AGAGCACAACUUUUAUUAUUGCUCCUGAGUUUUAUUUUAUUUAAAAAUACAAAUAUUGUUAUUUUCACUGUGCAUAUGCACUAAAUUGUUGCAUUAUCUAUAGAUGCACUCACUUAUAUAAAUCUCUAAGCUGUAUCACUUUCACUACACUUUUAACAUCACAAUGGACCUGUACACACAACUUGCUAGCAGUAUGGAAGAACUGUCCAACACAUUUACGUCACGGAUGGCAGCAUACGAAGAGGAGCUGAAGAAUGUGAGCAGCAAUGAGGCCUCACAUAAAACCAUUGCCAGCCUGUCCCGGGAUUACACUGACUUCAAGUGUCUGGUAUGGAAGACAAUGAGUGCCCUCAAACUGCAGAUGGAGUUGCUGACGCUGGGUCUGGACAGGCAUGAGAUGGCUUCACGCAGGCAUGUUCUCCUUCUGCAUGGUCUUCCGGAAAAGAAAGAUGAAGAGUAUGUGUCUCAGGCUGUCAUAGUUCUUACGGAGAAGUUGAAGAUGUCCAACAUUUCUGCGGCGGAUAUAGCCUCAUGUCAUCGUCUGGGCACUGAGACUGGUAAGCCACGUCCGUUACUAAUUAGAUUCCAGAGCCUUAGUCUUCGUAGUGAAGUGUGGCAAAGCAAGACCAUGUUGAAGGGCUCUGGACUGGUUUUCUCGGAGUUCCUGACCAAACCCCGACAUGACGCGUUUCUUGCCGCCCGCAAGCAUUUUGGAGUGAAACAGUGCUGGACAUCCGAAGGCAAGAUUGUGGUACUGCUACCGGACAAAUCAAGGCGAAAAAUAGAAUCCCCAGCUGAACUACAGCAAUUAACGAGGCAGUUUCCGACGUUGGCUACUUCCGCUAGCGAGCCGACAUUGGGCGCACGGGAAAGUCCAUUGUCCAACAAGUCUCCAACAGGGAAGAGGUCGAAAAGGCAUGCAAAAUAGUACAUUCAUGUUUUUCAAUGUCGGUCACUCCAGAUUUUUGUUUAGUUUUUAAUGACAUCACUGCCUGCCGGCCUGACAUAACAUCUUCCAUAGAUUAACUCACUCUACUCCUGAAUUCGUUCGGAAACUAUGUUUGGAUACGAGCCUUUUUAUCUAUGUUGUGGUACAUUUAACAAACUGGCGAGUGCAUCGAGGAUGUUGAAUAAUAGGUAACUGUUAUUAUAAUUUU